GAGGCGCGAAGCUGUUAGGAUGAAGAGUCUCGGUAUGCACUAUGCAGUUCACUAAUAUUCGCUGACCUGUCGCUAACAGCCGAUUCAUUUGUCAACAAUCAAACGGUUCAGCAAAGCACAGUGCGCAUUUACGGCAAUAGUGGCUACGUCUCGUAUUAAAAACCUUUGCUUUGCUUCUGAUAGUUGAAGUUAAGAUUCAUCCAGAAAUAAUACCGAAGCCGUAAUUCCGUCCAAGCAGCGUACAAUGGCGUCCAUCUGGUACAAAUUUGUGCCGCGGCGCAGUCAUCAUCGCCACCACCAACCGUAUAUUGUGCUGUUACUAGGCGAAACCGGAUCGGGAAAGUCGACAUUAAUAAACUACCUCACUAAUUUUUUUCAAGGCGGCGAUUUAUUACAGCCGAAAAUAGCCGUACCGAACCGCUAUUAUCGUUCUACGGAAGCCUAUACUCACAGCGAGAAGUCCAUCGGGGAUCAAAGCAAAAGCAAAACGGCCAAAUGCUCCACGUAUGAAUUCAAUCUGGAAGGCAAGGACUUCCGUUUCAUCGAUUCGCCGGGAUUAAGCGACACAGGCGGAGUACAGCAAGACGAUCAGAAUGUGGCCUGUAUUCUGGAGGCCGCUGAGAAAGCCGGCGCGUUAACGGCCGUGAUCCUCAUCAUCAACGGCACCGUGUCCAGAGCGACCGUCAACUUGUCCAACACCAUGGCAAGACUACGGGGAAAUCUGCCGGAUGUACUGAUAGACAAUUUAAUUGUGGUGCUAACCAAUUGCGCUCUCGGGACUUACAACUUCGAUUUUAAAUCGCUUCUGCCUUGGAAGAUCAAAUCUCAGAAUGUGUUUAUCAUGGACAAUUCGGCUCUCAGCCGCGAUCCAUCAGAUUGGCAACGUAAUUCACAUCUCAUGAACGGGAUACAGAAGGCUUGGAACACGUCCAUGGAUGAGAUCCAGAAGAUGGUCUACCGCAUCACAGAUCUGGAUGAAAAGUCAACAGGUGUCUUCAAAGACCUGCGCGACAAUCGAGAAAAAAUCAAAGAAGAAAUGCACAAAAUCCUACUGGAAAUCAAUAAGCUACAGCAAACUCAGGACGAGCUGGAGAACGCACAGAAUCAGCGUCAGGCGGCCAUGCAAGACUCCAACCGGUACAGUAACUUCAAGCAGACCCAGGAAGUGGAGUACUCAUACUUGGUGGAUGCCGACUACUACAGCACCAUGUGUAUAAUCCACAGUACUGACCGUGUCUGCCAUGAUCAUUGUCGAUUACCGGAAACGCCACAAACCAACACCGGCGUCCAUGUAAAGUGCGCCUGCAUGAACGGGGGUGUGCGCUGUCAAGAAUGUCAGUGUGGGCAUGAGACGCACUAUCACGCUCGCAAGAAACUGGCUCGGGGAAAGAAAACCGUUGAGAAGAUCCUAGACGAUGUAAAACGCCAGCAUGAUAACGCUGCGGUACGCUUUCGCGAAUCCCACGAUAAAGUGACCAAGUUAAGGGAUGACCUUAAGCUGCUGGAGCAAACGCUGCUGGAGAAACAGGCGCAGAUCGAAAGCUGCUGUUGGGAGCUGCAGCGCAUCUGUAGUGCAUUCAAUUUCGCGGAUGAGAUGAACGCGGUGCUGGUGGCGUUGCAGCAAAAUGCCCGGACUUUACGGUCCGUGAAAGCGCGCCAGGAAGCGGAUAAGAUGAUUCGGGCUAUCGAAGACGUUGUGCGACGACUGCAACCAGCUACUUCGAAUCGGCACCACAGUCAACAGGAUUGCGACGGUUAUUAUGAGGACUUUGAUUCUGGUUUAGCACAAUCACGUGCCGGCCACGGCCAGUAUAACAACAACACAGGGCGCCAAGGUAGAAGCUACAGCUUAAAUCGCAGCGAAGGUGGGAUGCGGUAUGCGCAACCAGACCCUGCCACUUUGAACGCCAGUUCCCGAUUCUCCAUCGGCAGCACUAAAUUAAGCCAACUCGCAUGCAGACAUCACAAUCAUCCUUCUGGAUGUGCGUUUAAGAACUGCUAUUUUGAGCAUAUUUGCUCCAACUGCGGCCAAAGCAACCACACGGCGCUACAGUGCCGCGCUAUGCAGUCAGCUGCAGUUGCGGCUUCGCACGCUUUACAGCUGCUUCCGGGUGCCUGUCGAUACCACAACCGCCCGAGCGGCUGCCGAGCUACAGACUGCAAGUUUCCACACAUUUGCGGUUAUUGCGCAAGGGACAACCAUAACGCCCUGCAGUGCCGCGAUCGAGUGCCACAAACAACAGCGAACCGCUCCCUUGGAACGCCGUCGAAACCGGGAACCUCCACCACAGCCAUCAGUCAAGGCGCCGAUGCACCCUGCAAGUAUUUCAAUGGACUCGGAGGAUGUCUAAACAGCAGCUGUCAAUUUGCGCAUAAAUGCCGGCUGUGUGGGAAACUGAAUCAUGCGGAGCCCACAUGCAACAAGAAAACUGUCCCGGUCGUUAAAAGUAAACCGGCAAAACCGAAAGAAGAGAACUGGAAGAAUAUUCCGGGAGUGUGCUAUGAGUUCAACAGGGAACUGCCGUGUAAAAGGAGUCCUUGUGCUUAUAAACAUCUGUGCGGCAUCUGUGGCCAGUUGCACACGGCUCUGCAGCACCGCCGAUACUGACAAUAACAAUCAAACUAUUUUUUGCUUUUUCUCUUUAACAGACGAGCGGUAAAUUCUUAUCAAGCGCGGUUUUUUCCUUCGGUAUUAGCGUAAUAUUUAAACUUUUUGAUUUAUGCUUACAGAUGUUCUAUAGAACAUUUUUAAGAAGGCUUUCGUAAACACGGAAAAAUGCGUGAAGCGUUAUUGAUUGUCAACCUAGCCGACUUUAACAGUAGUCCAAAUUCGAUCAACAUCAGAUUACACAUUUUAAAUACUUUAUCAUUAAUAUCCGAACCUGCUUGCCUACUUGCUUGUUUGUCGCCAGGGUGAAAUUAUAAGAUUUAUUG